AUGGCUCUCUUUCUCUGUGUAGACGAUCAAAUAUUCGUUCUUGAUAUUCUUCGAACAAAUGACGAAGAAAGAAUUGCUUUAAUAUCUUCUUCAUUGCAUGGUAUCUUUCCCCGAUUUUUAUAAGAGAAGAAAGGAACAAUUAAGGGUCAAACUGUUUGGCUAGAGGCGAUCCAUAUCCGAAUAAGCUUAAGUGGGGAGAGAGAAAAAUCAGAGAGAGAUAGAGAGAGAGAGACUUGAGACGACCUUAUCCAUUUUUCUUGUGGGGCUCGACCAUAUGGGCCAUUGUCUUCUUUCUCUCUCUUCUCCCAAAGGGAUAUUAACGUCCGGUUCUUCCUUAUGAUAAUCUUCUUUGACUUAUGUCUGCGACCCUUAUUUUGUGUGUGUGUGUGUGUGAGAGAGAGAGAGAGAGAGAGAGAUGGUAAAUGGUCAUGGGAGCUUUGAAUGACUGCACAUGGACAUGGGUGAGUACCGUCUUUAUUUGGGCCUAUAAAUGGCAGUGACCGUUGCAUUUUCUUCCCAUACUCCUAGGCUCCGAGCUUCACGUGCUCUCUCUGUCUCCCUUCUCGUCUUCUUCUUCUUCAUAUCUCUCUCUGUGGGUGUUUCUGCAAUCUUAUCCAUUUGUCUUUUUGGGUUUUGUGUCGGUGGUCGUUGCUAGUUAGUGACAUAUCUAUUACUCGAGUUAGUUUUGUUCGUUGGUUGACAAAGAAAAAAGCAAAGCAAAUUUGAUAAAAUGGAAAACGCAAAGCAAGUGGGUAGUUCUCCUUCGUCCUUUACUUUGGAUCUCUUCGGCCCCAAGGACUCUUCUUCAUCAUCCUCGUCCACUGGACUCUUUGGGUCCAUUUUUGGCCCAUCCUCUACGGGGCUAGGAAGAGAUUCCUCUCUCUCUGGAGUCACAGGGUCAUGGAAAAAGCAGGAUUUGGGAGGUCAAUAUGACAAUGCCAAACAUGGAACUUCAGGUUAUAUGACUCAAAGUGGAGGCAUACGCUGCAAGGACAGCAGUUCCAUAUAUCAAAAUGAAACAGUAGAACCAUGCUAUUUCAGCUCAUCAAUCUACUAUGGAGGGCAAGAAGUUUAUUCUUCGAAUAGCCAGACCACUACUUCUCAGCACAUUUUCAAGAAAGAUGGUGGAGUUGAUGAUCAGAAUGGAAACAACACAAAUAGUGCUUCAAGAGGAAAUUGGUGGCAGGGUAUGAUGGUUUGUGGAGUUGUUGUGGAAACUUUCUGGGGUUUCAUUAUAUAAGGCUUAUAAUAACUCAACCAUUCCCUUUCUGCUUUUGCAGGAUCUCUGUAUUACUGAAGUCU